CGGGCGGGGCGGGCGGGGGUCGGAAGGGAAGCGCUUCCUGGUUCGAGCGGAGAGGGGCGAAUCGGGCUCGGAGGCCGCCGCGGGAGGAGCUGUCUGUCUGCAGCCCCCUCCUCCCGCCCUGCCUCCUCCUCCUCCCGCCCUGCGCCGAGCCGCGCGGUGCUGGCAGCUAGCUGAGCGCGGGCCACAGCCGGGCAUCCGCGCGUGGGCACCCGCGCGCGCCGAGCUUCGUGCGCCUCCCUCCAUAGUCCCCCGGCCUUUGUCACCGUGCCUGCGGGGCCAAGCCACAGCGCGAUCCAGAGAGGCCAGCGGCCGGGCGGUGGGGCCAGAGGGACCAUGUCCUACCAGGGCAAGAAGAGCAUCCCGCACAUCACGAGUGACCGGCUCCUCAUCAAAGGGGGACGAAUUAUCAAUGAUGAUCAGUCCUUCUACGCCGACGUCUACUUGGAAGACGGACUUAUCAAACAAAUAGGAGAGAACUUGAUCGUUCCCGGCGGAGUGAAGACCAUCGAGGCCAAUGGUCGCAUGGUCAUCCCUGGGGGAAUCGACGUCAACACGUACCUGCAGAAGCCCUGCCAAGGGAUGACUGCCGCCGAUGACUUCUUCCAGGGGACCAAGGCGGCGCUGGCAGGCGGGACCACGAUGAUCAUCGACCACGUGGUUCCUGAGCCUGGCUCCAGCUUGCUUACCUCCUUUGAGAAAUGGCACGAAGCAGCUGACACCAAAUCCUGCUGUGACUACUCCCUCCAUGUGGACAUCACGAGCUGGUACGACGGCGUCCGGGAGGAGCUGGAGGUGCUGGUGCAGGACAAAGGUGUCAAUUCCUUCCAAGUCUACAUGGCCUACAAGGACCUCUACCAAAUGUCUGACAGCCAGCUGUACGAAGCCUUCACCUUUCUCAAGGGGCUGGGCGCUGUGAUCCUGGUCCACGCAGAGAACGGAGACUUGAUAGCUCAGGAACAAAAGCGGAUCUUGGAGAUGGGCAUCACGGGUCCGGAGGGCCACGCUCUGAGCAGACCCGAAGAGCUGGAGGCCGAGGCUGUGUUCCGGGCCAUCACCAUCGCGGGUCGGAUCAACUGCCCGGUGUACAUCACCAAGGUCAUGAGCAAGAGCGCUGCGGACAUCAUCGUGCUGGCUAGGAAGAAGGGGCCCCUUGUUUUUGGCGAGCCCAUUGCUGCCAGCCUGGGCACAGAUGGCACCCACUACUGGAGCAAGAACUGGGCCAAGGCGGCAGCGUUUGUGACGUCCCCACCCCUGAGCCCGGACCCCACCACACCUGACUACUUGACUUCGCUGCUGGCCUGUGGGGACCUGCAGGUGACAGGCAGCGGCCACUGUCCCUACAGCACUGCCCAGAAGGCGGUGGGCAAGGACAACUUCACCCUGAUCCCCGAGGGCGUCAACGGCAUAGAGGAGCGGAUGACCGUGGUGUGGGACAAGGCGGUGGCUACGGGCAAGAUGGACGAGAACCAGUUUGUGGCUGUUACCAGCACCAAUGCAGCCAAGAUCUUCAACCUGUACCCGAGGAAAGGGCGGAUUGCUGUGGGCUCCGACGCUGACGUGGUCAUCUGGGACCCUGACAAGGUGAAGACCAUCACCGCCAAGAGCCACAAGUCGGCGGUAGAGUACAACAUCUUUGAGGGCAUGGAGUGCCACGGCUCCCCGAUGGUGGUCAUCAGCCAGGGCAAGAUCGUCUUCGAAGAUGGCAACAUCAACGUCAGCAAGGGCAUGGGUCGCUUCAUUCCUCGGAAGCCCUUCCCUGAGCACCUCUACCAGCGCGUCAAAAUCCGCAACAAGGUCUCCGGACUGCACGGGGUCUCCCGGGGCAUGUACGACGGUCCUGUGUACGAGGUGCCCGCCACGCCCAAAUAUGCAACCCCCGCCCCUUCCGCCAAGUCCUCGCCUUCCAAGCACCAGCCUCCGCCCAUCCGGAACCUGCACCAGUCCAACUUCAGCCUGUCAGGUGCUCAGAUAGACGACAACAACCCCAGGCGCACCGGCCACCGCAUCGUGGCGCCCCCUGGUGGCCGCUCCAACAUCACCAGCCUCGGUUGACCGCAGAGGAGCAGAUGGGAUAGAGCGAAGGAUUCUGGGAACACAGUCUGUCCCUCUUCCCGUCCCUGUCUUCGAAACCCACAGUUUUAGUUGGUACCGAUGGGGGGAACUGAAUGGUGUCCUUUCUCUUUUGGUUUAGGAAGAAGUGGUACUAGUGUGGUGUGUUUGCUUGGAAACCCUUGCCCACCGCUGUGAGCUCAGGCCGAGUCUGCCUCGGAGCGUGGCUUCCAUUCCCCUCCCUCGUGAGCCGCAGGUUUUAGCAUCGUCUUGUACUGUCCCCCACUGUGGCUCCAUGACCCUGUGAGUGGCGGUUCCUUUGCACCCGUAGUGACCUAGGAUAGUUUGAUGCAUGUUCUAAGCUCUGUGUGCGAGUCUGUGAGUGCGGCCACGGCCGCGAGGACGGCCGUAGACACCACGCGGAGGCUCAAGCCCGCGGGGCCGAUGCCCAGACUCAGACCCGAAGCUGUUUCCUGGAUGCCCCCGCCCUGAUCUGCCCCAGACAGAAACCGCCCCCCCAUCCCACCGGGAUCUGUGAAUUCUCAGAAAGGCAGAGGACCCCUUCCACUUGGUCUCGAAGAAGCACCACCCCCGUCCUGUGUCUGACUCCUGUCUCUGUGACGCCCCGCCUCGCCGCGAUGUCUUUCCGCUCUGUGUGUCCGUCCAGCCAGCUCUGGGCUUCUGGCCGGGCCAGGUUCACGGGGGACGCCCAUCCCUAUUCAGGCUGAGGACGGUGGGGUGACAGCUGCCCCAGGGUGCCCUGCCCUGUCCCCUCUGAGGAGGUGGACGGGACAGUCAGAUUUUUAACGUUUUGUACAGUUUUCCUUUGUAAUCACCCCCAUUUUUACUUAAGAACGACUUGUUGUGGCCCUUAUUUCUGAAUUCAAAGCUUGUGAAAAAAAAAUAAAGAAAAUGAACUGCCCGCUGACCCGGC